CCUGCCCAGCCCUCCCGGCUGCCAUUGGCUGACACUCUCUGCCGCCAGCCUCUGUUAUUUUUCGAAUAUAAAUGCGAUGGUGUGAGUGUGGCCUGUGAGAGAUCUACUAGCCCUGGUGGCCACUGAGUGUGUGUGUGACUUGCCUGCUACUGCUGCUAGCCACCCGGGCCCGUGCAAUAUGAUCCUAUAGCUGCUGCUUCUAGCUUGCCCUGCUGCUGUGCCCGGACUGCCGCCUGUACCCAGCCUGCCUGCUACAUACCCAUCCCCGCUGCCCGCACCUGGAUUAUCUGUGCCCCUUUUCUGCAUUCGCCAACAUGGAAGUAGAGAAGCUGCUGAAUGACUUUAGCCCAUGCCGCCCUGAGUGUCUGGUGUCCCGGCCUACAGCCCUGCCCGGGCUCUCCUCUGCCAUAGCCGACCUGAGCAGGGUACUGUCCCCUGUCACCAACCUGGCCCUCAACAUGAACAAGCUGACCGGCUUGGGGAGCUUCAGUGAUACUCCCAAAAGGAAGCUGGGAAUGUCCUUCCAUAGUGAGGUCUCUAACCUGAUACGGACGGCAUCAUCCGACUCCUCUGACUCUGGUCUGUGCCUGGAUUCCCCAUCGCCUCUGGAUUUAGAGGAUGCUCAUGAAACAUUCGAGAAUGCUAUUUUUGAAACCAGAAUCGCGCACAAUGAUUUUAAAUUACCCAUCAGGAGAAUGCGUUCCUUGCCGGUGACUUUUCAGGGGGGGAGUCCUGUAGUGAGAAAAGGCUCUGUAUCUGCCCUGGAUCUCCCAAAACCUAUUGAAAGAAUCCACACGGACAACAAAGAAAAUGAAGUAUUUACGUUCAAGAAGCCGUGCAUACGUCCAGUUUGCCACAACAGGCUACGCACUUUUCAUGGCAAUGAGUUUUCGCAAAGACCUAACUCAGCGCCAGCUCUUAUGCUCUUUAGCCCCGGGAAAGACGACUUUCAUGUGGAAAAGGAAAGCCCUAUUCGUUUACGCAAGUCCUCCCUCACGUUUUCAAUGUGUAUUAAUGACGAAGAGGAGGAUGAUGGAUUUAUGGAGAUCAUGGACGAAGACGAUAUGAAGAACGAAUCUGGCUUUCCAUCUGGUAUGGAGAAUUUGCUGACUGCCCCAUUUGUGCGCAAUGAAGACACCAGCAACACUGAUUUGGUGAUCAGAAGUAAAUGCCGGCGACUUUUCCGUUCGCCUUCCAUGCCAAGUAGUGUGAUUCGACCAAUUCUGAAGCGCAUGGAAAGGCCGGAGGAUGAAGGCACACCUGUCAAAACCAAGAGACUGAAAAACUUGUCGUCGAGUACUGUAGAAGACCUGCCUAAGAAAGAGGAGCCUAAAAUGAAGCUGGGACGAUCAAAGUCUUUGUGCCUCUCUACCGUUGAACACAUUUUAGACAAUGAUCAAAGGGAAUUGAUUGGGGAUUCCUCAAAGACUUAUUUACUCAAGACUGUAGAAGGGAAGCAUCAAGAUUUGAAAUACAUCACCCCAGAAAUGAUGAGCGCAGUAUUGAAUGGAACAUACGAGGAUAAGAUUGAGCGCUGUGUGAUCGUAGACUGCCGAUAUCCAUACGAAUAUGAAGGAGGGCACAUCAGGGGGGCAGUAAACCUUCCUCUGGAGCACGAUGUCGAGGGAUUCUUGCUGACAAAUCCUAUUGUGCCAGUGAAUGAGGAUAAGCGAGUGAUCAUUAUCUUUCAUUGUGAAUUCUCCUCUGAAAGGGGCCCCAGAAUGUGCCGUUUUGUAAGAAAGCAAGACAGAAUGAGCAAUGAAUACCCAAACCUGAAUUAUCCUGAACUCUAUAUACUGAAAGGCGGGUACAAGGAAUUCUUCCCAAAUUACGAGUCUCAUUGUGAGCCGCAGUCGUACCGCCCAAUGCACCAUGAGGACUUCAAGGAAGACCUUAAGAUCUUUCGUUCUAAGAGCAGAACGUGGGCAGGAGAGAGAAGCAAGAGAGAGCUAUACAGCCGUCUAAAAAAUCAGUAGAGAAAAGUUUUUAUUUUUCCUUUUUUUAUUUUAAACCAAGGCCGGGGCUGGUCCCUAAAGAUGCUUUGAUGAAAUCAUUCCACAUUUGAAAUGGGCAUAUGGGAGUAAACUAUUGGAUAUCACCCUUUAACAGAUGUUCAGACUCUUUUUGUGGAUAACCUGGACAGUGUGGAAGGCGAUCUUGGACUAUUUGUCUACAACCUUUUUUCUGGAAGGCCAUUUCAGGUGCCAUAAAAUGGAGUAAAUGAACAAUCUUUUUGAAAAAGAAAAAAAAAACCUCUUGUUGAGGUAUGGCCGUCUCCCUGAGCUAGACAGUGUCUACCAGGAAUGUGUCCUUGUUACUUGUUUUGCAACUGAAGUGUCUCAGUCGUCAGGAUCCUUAGGACAAUCAUCCAACUCCAUCUAGAUGAGCAAUAGUCCCUGAGCGUUCAUCCCGAAUCUUCAUUUUCACUGCCGCUGACCGUUCGUCACUUGUGGAAUAUUUCUACUUUUCAUCGCAUCUGUGCUGAUAUUUUCUUCUGGGCUGGAUCCUGAUGGAAAACUAAACUUGAAUAUUCUUGCUGAUUAUGUUAUUUGUUGGACUUUUAAUGUCUUAACUGCUCAGUUGCCAGGCAGCUGCCAUGAUAUUGGUUAAACCUUUCCAUAUGUUGCUUGUCUUUGUAUGUAUACGUGUGUAUGCAUGGUUGCACUUUGCACUUUUAUCAACCCCUGUGGAAACACAGAGGCCAAUCAGCUUGCAGACAGUUACCCUCUUGUAAUUGUAACUGUCGGUAAGUUUUUACAUGUAUGCGUGGUGGGUGUCUUGUCUGUGUAUCUGUGUUGUGUGUAAAAGCUUGCUUCACCCCUUUCUACACGGUAUGCUUGAUUUUGAUCAUCCUCAUAUAUUAAAGUGAUCUUUGUUAAAUUGAUUUAUUUGAUUUGUUUUAUAUAGCCUGGGCAAAUUUUUUAAUUGUUCUCGGGCGUUUUUUAUGCGUGUGGACACCUCUUUUCCUGUAUAUAUUUAUACCCACGUACUUGAUUCCUUUUAAUUACUUAUCAAUGGGAAUCAAAUUUACUCGUAUCUCUUAGUAAAUCUAAACCGUUUAAAAUGCAAGGGAUUAUAUAAUACAUAAUAAUUAUUGUAAGGAUGGAAAAUGAUGCUGGGUGUGCAUAGACACUUGUGGUCUCCUUGCACGCAUAUUGCAAACCUCCAAAUUUGCAUUGGCUCAGGGUGAAGCUGAACCCUUAUUUCAGAAGUGUGUAUGCACAGCCUGGCAAUAUUUUAUUUCCACUGGGUGAUAGAUUGUUAACGAUACUCACUAAACUGUAGCAUGCACAGUACCCAUGGAUGCUGAUCGCUGUGAACUUAUAACUGGGGAGCGUCACAUCACAGUUUGGUGGUUCCCUAUUCACACAGAAAGGGUUAAAGUUUAUGGGAACCUAAUCCAGAGUUUGUGGUUAGUAUAUGGGAUUUAUUUACUCCAGCGUACUCUCGCUAUUGUUUAACACUCUGAUGCGCAUAAUCAGCCUAUCUGCGUUGUGAGGUUUUGUUUCCUCAGAGCUCAGGCAUGAAUAAGUCACAAACAAACAAGGUAAAUAUGCAAAGUUUACCAGGUAUGAGGAUUCCUGGGUUGUCCCUAGAAGUAAAUAGUCUAUGAUAAGGUACCCAUAGUAAUUCCUUCCCCUCCGGCAAGACUAAAGUAAUAUGAAAGUAAACUGCAGAUAAUACAAACUUGUCUGAGCCCGGGAGGUUCUGAAAUAAUUUAGUAUUAUUUGUAUAGAUAAGCAGUCUAACCAAGCAAUUAAAGUAGUUCAGCCAAUUGCAUUAAAGGGACAUUAAACCCAAAAAUGUUCUUUCAUGAUUCAGAUAGAAAAUACAAUUUUAAACAACAUUCCAAUGUACUUCUAUUAUCUAAUUUGCUUCAUUAUUUAGAUAUCUUGUGUUAAAGAAAUAGCAAUGCACAUUAGGCAUCUAUGUGCAGCCACCAAUCAGAAGCUACUGAGCCUAUCUAGAUAUGCUUUUCAGGAAAGAAUAUCAAGAGAAUGAAGCAAAUUAGAUAAUAGAAGUAAAUUAGAAAGUUGUUUAAAAUGGUAUUCUCCAUCUGAAUCAUGUAAGAAAAUGUUGGGGUUUAAUGUCCCUUUAACUAGGCAGCCAUAUUUAAUAAACCUUAUCACAACUGGCAGCUAGAUAGACUGUGAGUUAUGUAGCACAUUUAUUUUCUAAAUCAACACCUUUUUCUGGGGAAACCUUUGAAUGUCAGUUAAGUGCCACUACUUCAGGCGUAUUACAAGAGUUUUAAAAUGUGAUAAUGGGUAAAAUAGUUACCGUUAUCUCUGUACCUGGCACCGUUUUGCUCUAUAAUAUUGUAAAUGACAUGAAGUGCAAGAAUAGUCCUCAUUUUAUGCAUUAUGGGUGAUUGAGUGAUCUAAACUAGGCAAUAGAUUGUACUGUUAUUAUUGGCCGUUUGCUGGUAUUAACCAAAAUACCAUCAUGUAUGUUAAUCACAUGCUGUAUAAGUAAGCUGAAAGGUAAUGUCUGUGUGCAGCUAUGUUAAAGUGUCAUUUUAUGUUGUUUUAUUCAUAUUCUCCUUUUUGUUCAGUAUUUGUGUCUAAGACCAAGGUCUAUACUGGGGCUUCACAUGCUAAAGACAAUGGGGUAGAUUUAUUAAAUGUUGAGCAGAAAUGAUUCGCUAUAGCAUACGCUGUCCGCAUUUAUCAUUGCACAAGCAUUUCCGGUGAAAUACUUGUGCAAUACCACUCCCUGCUCAGCAGGGGCUGUCAAUCAUCCCAAUCGGAUCAGGAUGAUUCAAAUUUGCCACCUAAAAGUGACCGCUGCUUCUUAACUUCCGUUUCAGGCGAACCUGAAACGAUGGGCCUCCGAAGCGUCCGUUGCUUAAUAAAUGGAGCCCAUUGUGGGUAUACCUCAGGUCAAGUAAUGCUAUACUUCUUUAGUUGUGUAAUACCCACUUCCUGUCUGUUUCUCUGCUAAUUACACCUGGUGUUGUGUGCUUUACACUUGUAGGAUACACAUGGUACAUGGCCAGUGUUUAUGUGCACAAGUACUGCCCCACCCUCGAAGUUAACAGAUUAUACUGUCUGAUUAUGCACUGAAAAAUAUACAGUAGCUACCUGGUGAGCCAUGUAUAUAUAAACAAUAUAAACAGUAUAAAGAAGAGUAUAGGAAAUAUAAUAACACAUUUAGGAACAAGGGAAGGAGUCAAUACUCAUAGAACCGUUUUCUAUUUAUUGGAUUAUACUACAGGUAUCUAUAUGACAAUUCCAUAAUUUGCCUCCUGGCUCCUCAGUUUAUUUGCAGGUUCCUACGUUUGGUAGAAAUUUGGAAAUCUAUGUAUUAUACUAUUAAAAUAUAAAUCAAUAAAAAAAAUUUGCAUAGGAAAUUGGCACAUCCCGGCAAGUUUCCCCACCUGGAUGUGCUAAUUUCCUAUGCAAAAAUUUUGUAUUGAUUUACGUUUGAGACAUGGGCCCCUAUUUAACAAAGUCUGGCGGAUCUGAUCCGACAGUGCGGAUCAGGUCCGCCAGACCUCUCCUUAUUCAGCAUUGCACCAGCAGCUCACAAGAGCUGCUGGUGCAACGCCGCCCCCUGCAGACUCACGGCCAAUCGGCCGCCAGCAGGGAGGUGUCAAUCAACCCGAUCGUCUGUCCGCCUGCUCAGAGCAUGCACCAUUAUUUAAGCCACACCUCAGACAGCUGGCAGUGGUGCAUAUUUCUUCUGAAGACCUAAAUUUGUGUCACACAGGCUACUGCUGACUAGCUGAGCAGGCAUGGUGCAUGAAUACUGGUGCACAGACCUUCACGGGAUAUGUGCGUAUGCGGUUGAGAAAAAGUACUAAUUUUUACUAAAAGGGUUUUAGCUAAUGAAAAUAUAUUGCAAAAAAGCUUAUAUUUUUUAAUUCAAAGACAUCUAUGCACAUUUUAUUUUUGACAUUUCUAUUCCUUAAAAAUACAAGAGCCUUGGUUGCUUUGUGUUUUAUAUACAUUUAACAAAGAGGCUAUGCCCAUUGCAUCAGCUGGGGAUACAAUUCCUUAGCCGUACAAAUUAGCCUGAAGUAGAACGCGAGAUCUGAAGAUUUGUUAAACUCGCGUACAAUUCUAUUGAGAUCAAAGUGCAUUUAAAUGUUAAUUAUUCACCCACUCUUUUUUCGUAUAUUUUUCUACAUAUCAAAAUGUACAAUAUAAGCGACACAAAUAAAAGAAAAAACAUUAAUAGAAUAAAUUAUACCUUUUAGCAAAGCUGCACAUAUACAGACUGUAACUGAAUACAGUAUGAAAAGAUUCCUGAAUGGUCCAAAACAAAUUAAUUCCACAAAUAAGCACUUAUUUAUGCUGUUUUAUAUAAACCAUAAAAUGAGAUUUCAAUAUACCCCAUGUCCUUUUAUAUUUUUGUAUGUCAAGUUUAUUACAUAAAGCAUCCAUGCAUUAAUUAUGUGGGUUUUUAAAUUUAUGAUAUGUAUUUAAGUAUUAUUUAGAAAUACCUUAACGUUUUUGUUCAAUUAAUCAUAUAUAUAUAUAUAUAUAAAUUGUAAUAUUGUACCUACUAAAGCAAGUCUUUAUUUAGCUAAAACGUAUAAUAUCCAGCGCUACGGAAUUUGGCGGCGCUAUACAAAUAAAUGAUAAUAAUAAUAUUAAUUUAAAGGGUGCUUAUUAAGGUUUAUGGUCAUUCCAAAUGGGUUUUUUUUUUCCCCUAAAAAAAAAUUAAUUUGUAAUUUCUCAUGUCUUAAUCAUCACUCAAGUUAAUCAUUGCAAUAGGGUCAACAAUAAUAAUUUAUUAUUUUUCUUUGUUUGCACAUUUUAAAUUAAUUUCCAGAGAAAUGAAUUGGUGAUUAAAACCAAUACUUUGCAGCAUCAAUUUAAUUUGACCCAUUUAAAAUUUAUGAAUGCAGAAUAUUUGUAUGAGAUGUAUUUGUGUGUUUCUCUUUUCCGUAUAUUAUUAAUCUGCUUUGGUUUUUGCCUCUGUACUGUGUUAUUUUCUCCCAUAAUAAAAUUAAAAAAAUAUUUUCCCUUUUAAAUGUAUAAACUUCAGGGAAUAAUAAAAACCUUGAAUAAAAACAA